UUUCGUCCUUCUCACAUGUGAGACGGGCGGGAUACAUCAUUAUAUUAUUAUUGAUUUCUUGCGAGGUAUUGCAAGGGGAAAAGUUUCGGGAAAUGUAUCUACGUAUAAUAAGUUCCACGUGCCGACUGAUCAAUACGGCAGUCGGGACGCCGACCGGCCGGCGCGGCAUGUCACCCCAAACAGCUGAUCCUACCACCCUUCCCCACAGCUGGUUCGUUCACCCUUCACCCCGCACUUCUUUAUACCCUCGCGUACUUUCGAUCUCAGAAAAUACCGCUGGCAAGGGAAUUCAAACGGCCCCUCGACACACGCAAAAGGAAAUCGCAAUUUUCUGCUAAUAUUAUCGUCAGCAUGCCAUUCCACAAACACGAAAAUCCAGUUGGCAAUGGACCAAUUGCGAAUGUCAAUUUGACAACGAAACUAAAAUGAAUCCGAGUAAAAGCUAUGGAACAUUCAAAGAAAUGUCUUAUAAAGCUUAUCAAUCUACGUCUGCUGAAAUCAGAGACGGGUAUACUGUACAACAACAGCAACAGUACAGAAAAUACCUGGAGCAACUCAAAAUUGAAUUCGAUGAGCGAUGGUGUAACAACCCAAAAUCAAAUAUAAUUUUCUCUGAUCUAGAGCGUGUUAAAACGUUAGGUACCGGAGCUUUUGGCAGAGUCGUCCUUUUAAAACAUUCGAAAACUAACAAAUACUAUGCAAUGAAGGUUUUGGAGAAAGAAAAGAUAGUAAAGAUGAAACAAGUGGAACACACACUGUACGAAAAGCGAAUUCUUGAAGCUAUUAGAUUCCCUUUUACAGUAUCGAUGGAAUGUAGUUUUAAAGAUAACAGUUACAUUUAUUUCGUCAUGCCAUUUGUACCUGGCGGUGAAAUGUUUAUACACCUUCGGAAAAUGCGCAAGUUCGAAGAACCUCUAGCGAAAUUCUAUGCUAGCCAAGUAAUAUUGGCGUUAGAAUAUCUUCAUUUCUGUAAUCUUGUGUACCGAGAUUUAAAACCCGAAAAUAUAUUGAUCGAUAAGAAUGGGUACCUCAAAAUUACCGACUUCGGCUUUUGCAAAGUGGUUCACGGACGGACAUGGACUUUAUGUGGAACGCCGGAAUAUUUGGCUCCAGAAUUAAUUUUAAGCAAAGGUUACGGUUUCUCAGUUGACUGGUGGUCCUUCGGAGUUUUGUUAUUUGAAAUGAAUGCAGGCUAUCCUCCCUUUUACGGCAACGAUCCAAUGAAAACUUACGAGAAAAUCGUAUCUGGGAAGUAUCGUUGCCCGGCAAAUUUUAACGGAGACUUGAGAGAUCUCAUUAGGAACACUCUACAAGUUGAUAUCAGCAAACGUUUUGGAGUAAUGAGAAAUGGAGUGAUGGAUUUCAAAAACCACAGGUGGUUUAAAGGUGUAGAAUGGGAGGCUAUACUAAAUUGUCGGUGGACUCCUCCGUACAUUCCUAAAUUUAAGCAUCCUGGAGACACCACCAAUUUCGAGCGUUACGAGGAAGAACCGAUAAUACUGUCGUCACACUGCCGAUUUGAAUCAGAAUUCAUUGACUUUUAAAUUAUAUUCAAACUUGUAUGAAUGAAAUGUUAAAGCAGAACGCAUUUACGUGAAUAAA